GGACCCACAGUCUCCAUUCAGUACCAUGAAGCAUACAUCAGAGGAGCACUGAAUUUACAAACUUCAAAACUUUCUCUAUCAUGCAUUCAAAAUACAGAUCUCAUUAAGUGUGAUCAUGGGUGGUUGCCAAAAAAACUAAUAACAUAUCUGACAGAAGAAUACACACAAACACAAUAUAGAACCUCAAGUCCUUCCAAUGGUUCUGCCAAAGAAAAUAAAACAACAAAAAAGUAUAAUCUAAUAAACAUCUCCAACCCACUAUCGACUGUUCUUGCCACUGCCCUUAAUGGGAAAUGGAGGAAGAUGGCUAAAAGAAGGAAGCAAACAGUGAGAUGUAAUUAAGGAGCAAUGUUGGGCAUACUUUUGACUGCAUGCAUAAAAAAAACAGCUCAAGUAUAGAAUUAUUCCAAACCAAAAAGAGCAAGAAGAAAAGGAAUUCACCUGAUCUCUAAAACAAGUAGUGGGUCAAGAGGAUAUACAAUUUCACUCGUUGAUUGUAAACUUGGCAAAACUGACAUCUGGAGGGGCUGGAUGCAAGAUAAAAGUAUCAUUAGCCACAUGGAUGUCACGAUGUAACCAAUGUGCUUACAAGCUACUGGACAUAAAUAUUACAGGUUUAGACUACAGAGUAUGGAAUAAAGAAGCUAGACGGACCUUGAUAUGAUUCUAAGUAUUCCCUCAACUUCAAAAAAAUCUUCUAUCGAUCAUCACAGUCACAAGCGCACAUCAAAUGCAAUACCAGAAUAGGAAAAAAUGACAACCACAUUUAGAGAAAGUCAUAAACUAACCUCUGCAUUCAAAAGUAGAACAAACAUAUUUUUCCUGCAUUUAUUGUUUAAUUAACAAGGUCAAAUAUGAAUGUAGGCAUAUGCAACUCAUUGAGAACUUCAUGAUGCCAUACAAGAAAUAUUUAAUCCAUGAGAAAAGAAUUCUAAUAUAACCCGUAAAAGAGAGAUUGUGUAGGAUGCAAAUGUUUUCCAUUAUUAACAAAAUCAGUCCAUAAACUGAAAUGAAAAAUCAUGAUAAUCAUUAUAACAGACAACGAUUAGCCCAAUAUGAAGUAAAUACUUUAGAAAUGAUAGAAAUUUUAAGGAGUUAAAAAUGUAAAAUAAAAGAGAAACUUACCGAGCGUAGUUGACAUUUGGUCUGGGCGACCGGUCAGCUAAGAUCAUACAUAAGGUUUGCAGAUGAGGAGGAGGCGAUUGAACUGUAAAGUCGAAUGGGAAUGACAGAAGGGGGAAAUCAGGAAGAACAAACUCCAUCCGGUGCCAUCAUAAGAUUUUUCUCAAUAAAUCUUCAUGGCUAAUGCUUUCAUUUCGUCGGAUUGUUCUGUCGCAGAGUCUUCCGGAGAGGGAAUUUUUGUGUAAAAAUAAGAAAUCCAAUCAUGCAGCAGCCCAAAUUGAGAAGCGGUGAAACAUCGACUAGGCGUUCCCUGUUGCUCCGAUCCGCGGCAACAAAAAGAAAUGUUGUAACGGGGUGGAUGAACACUCAUAGAUGCCAUCAGGUGCCACGGGAUUUGAGCUUUCAUGGAAUGAAGGGGUGGUCUCC